AUGGAAGGGGCGAGUCGAGAGAAAGAAGGCGUGCCGGAGCCGGGCGAGGGAGGUAGCGGGGGAGAGCGAGGUGAUUUCACCUUACGGGUCAUUGUUGGAAACUAUAAAUAUGUUAAGGAGGUCCUCCGGUCCAGGCAGAAGUCUGCGGUGUUCACCAGAGGAAACAAUGCUUUCGGGAAUCACCUGAACGCCGUUCGGCUAUUGCUUUUUGGGGGAAUAUUGUGCUGCCUGUUUUUGCAGGCAGAUUGGCUGCUAAAGACAGGUCUCCAUGCACCUAUGACACAGCUCCACCUGUUUUCCAGCGAGCGUAGGACGUGGCGGCGACGAGGCCGCGCCGCGUGGCCGGCCGGCCGGCAUCUCCAACACCUCACCGCCUGCCCUGCCCUCCCUCUCCCUCUCCCUCUCCCUCGAGCGCUCUCCGUCGCGUCUCGUGCCGUCUCGUCUCGUCUCGUCUCCGUCUGGCGCGUGCGCGCGGCCGGAGGCUCGCGUCGCCCCGCCUUCGGUCGUCAGUCGCCGCCCGCGCCGCUUCCCGACGCCACCUCUUCCGACGCCGAAGCCGGCGUCCGGUAUUUCUUCGUCCUCCAGGAGCACGGGCUGAGCGCGGCGGCGUCGGACGCGGCGGUGGCGAAGAAGCUGUGGGAGAAGAGCGAGGAGCUGGUGGGGCUGAAGGAGGGCGAUCCGCGCAUCUGACCGCGCGCCGCCGCCCGCGCCCUGCUCGCGCCGCCGCCCGCGCCCCCGCCCGUGGCGCGCGCAGCCUGGGCCGCCCCCGCGCCCGCGCCCGCCACCGCGCCCGCCCACCGGCGCUGAGGCCGGGCCGCGCGAUUUCAAAAGCAGCCGUCCAAACAUUGGGGCAGGACAUUGUUCCGAUUGAUAACCGAGGUUUAUAUCCAACAGAGUCUGUUAUUUGCGGUGUCUGACAAGUGUCAUUCCAUUCUUUUGGUUUCCUUGUAACAAAAAAAAUCAUAUAAACAAGAAAUAUAUUUCUAGUAAGUGUACUUAUGCACCAUCUUCAGCUAAAAGUAAAACUCGUUUGUUUCAAUUGCCUUUAACGGACGGCGAACUGUUAAAUCCUUAACGGACGCCGGGUGUGAAAGUGACUGUUUCGUUGCGUUAAGUCGAUACAGUAUUACGAAAAAAAUGUUUAAUGGGUCUGUCCUUUAAAACUAGAUGACACCAAAGGUACCAUAGGCGCCAAAGGCCAGAGAAUUAUCUCCGUCCGUUUUAAGAGCCUGUGUGCGUCUAGCUCGCUGCACUUGGGAGCGGACUCUGCGGUCCAAUCUGACGCCAGGCGCAAAGAAAUGAUUACCUGUAAUAACCUCCUUAAAUUGCAUAUUAUCCAAAAUUCGUAUUCAUAAAAACAAUACAAAUCAAUAGAAACAAAGAGAAAACAAUGUGUUAUAUUGUAAUUAUUCUAGGGUUAUAACAAAUGCAAUAUUAUUAAAAGUUAUUGUAAGAUGGAAUUUGGGGCAUUUAUGACCUGUCAACUGACGUUUUCGUGUAUGAAAGGAUUCAGAAACAAAAAAACGAGUUUUACAAAAGGCCAAAUUGACUUAAAAAAUACAAGGAGACUGAUAUCGUAAUAGUACUUGGCACUGCCCUGUCCCAAGCUGUACUGUAUUUUUUAAUUAGUGGUUGACUCACAGAACUCGUGUUUUUUGGUUCUGGGGUCCUACAAUGUCUAAAUCCAAACCCGUGCACUUUAUCUCAAGAUUUUUAUACGUGCAUUUUGUAGGUAGAGUUAAUAUGAUUUAUGAACGUCAGGUAUUGUUUAAUAAAAUACUCUUAAAAUGUAUGAGCAUCUGCUAUCAACUCCUCUACCGUCUGUUCAUUUUUCCUCUUUAGUACGAUCCAUCUUCCUUUGCUCCUUUAUAUC